GAGGUGGUGUGAGUGAGGAAGGGAUUGAAGAGAAGAGAGAAAGACAUGACAAAAAUAUCAAAAGGCAGAAAGCACGCCGUACCAUGCGAGCUAAACUGGUGACCGAUGGGAUCGAGGAUGUCGGAUUAAUGGUGACUACCGCAGCCCGUUUUCGCAGAGGAAGCUUCUCUAUUGCAACUUGGGCGCAGAGGGUCCGCGGGGAAACAUGGCCGAAGGAGGGUCGGGUAAAGGUGGCGGAGAAGACCCCGCCAAGUCCGCCGAGCAGGAGGAGGACCGCACUCGACCUCAGGUCCUGUCGGGAUCGGGCUUCUGCAAAUGGUUCAACGUCCGGAUGGGAUUUGGAUUUAUCUCAAUGACCAACAGCGAAGGGAGCCCCGUUGACCCCCCUCUGGAUGUUUUCGUCCACCAAAGCAAACUAGUGAUGGAGGGCUUCCGCAGCUUAAAGGAGGGUGAGCAGGUGGAGUUCACCUAUAAGAAGUCCUCUAAGGGCCUAGAGUCCCUGCGGGUGACCGGACCUGGUGGGGGACCCUGUGCAGGCAGUGAGAGGAGACCCAAAGGGAAGGUCCCAUUGCAGAAACGCAAACCAAAGGGAGACCGCUGUUAUAACUGUGGAGGUCUGGAUCACCAUGCCAAGGAGUGUGGCCUGCCCCCCCAGCCAAAGAAAUGCCACUACUGCCAGAGCAUCACGCACAUGGUGGCUCAGUGUCCCCACAAGGCGCUGGCGCCCGCCACAGGCUCUCAGGACCAACAUGCGUCUACCUCGGCCUCUAGCCCAGGGACCGGGCCUUACCUCUCUCUCCCAGAGGAAGAGGAGCGCUCUGGCUCGUCUCCUCUGGAGGGCUCCUCCUCUUCCCCCGAGGAGCCCCAUACACAACGUGGCUCUUGGACCCAGAGGUGGAGGAAAUCCUGAAAUAGUCCAUAGGGGUGAAUCUUUCACCGCUAGCCUCUGACACCUCAUGUCUCCUCUCAAUCAAGGUUACCUGAAGCUCCCCUCAUCUACCUCACACCUGUGAAAAAUGGGAGGUCUUUAUUCCUUUACUUUUAUUGUUUGUUUUUUUUUGUUGUUGUUGUUUUUUUUUUACAAUUUCUAACCAGCGCAGCUAUGGCAACGAUCAGUGGGGUACGUGAUGGGCAAGAAUGUGUGUGACUGACUUGCAGUCAUUUGGUGCAGCUAUGGCAACCACGGCUGGAAUGGUGACUGCAGGGGAUCACGCUUGUUUCAGUCUCUGCAGCACGAGAGUGAGAAAAAAAACAAAAAACACUGUAUAAGUCUAGUCUUGAUGAUUGUUUUUGCCUUUGUACCCUUGGACCUAAGUGUUGGCCAUUAUGAAUGCUUUUUCUCUACACGACUAUCUUGCAGAUUUAAAGCCACAAAAUAUCCUGUAGGCCUAAUCAUUCUGAAAAAUCAUGAUGCAUCCUUUUAGCACACACAGUAGCUCAUCUUAAGAAGGAUUAGAAGAAGACCUCAAGACCUCAAGACCCUCUAAGCGAUAAUCCAGACCCGCAGGACCGUUAGCUUGGCUUCUAAAGAUCUUUAGGGAAACUUUAUGGAUCCCAGAGGGAAUUUUUUUAAAAAGACAGCCAGCUGCUAGAUCACACUCUAUACUUCUUAAACACUCACAUACAUACAUGCAUACCUCUUAUAUGAUAUAGACCGGACCAACUGAUUGUCAGACGUCAAACAUGUGCAAGACUGAGAGAAAGCGCGUGUCCUGUGCGUGUUACGCAUGCUCGAACAGAAAGCAAAACUGUCAGACUGAAGCACCUCUUCCUCAGGUGUGAGUCAACACUAUUAACCCUUAUGUUUCCUAUUAUCAUAGAUAGACACAGUCUAUGUAAGACAUCAUAUAAUCCAUCUAGAUCAUAGUUUAGAUUCAAAGUAAUGAACCGAUCAUUAGAUUUCCAUUUUGGUUGCGGCAUAAUUAGUUGAAAAUAA